CCUCCCAUCGGCGGCCUGAGCGCAGGGCCUGGCGGCCGCGGAGGAGUCCCGGGAGGCCUCGCGGGCGGAGCCCAGACGCCAGAGGAUGAGGCCUCCUGCUGCCUCCCCAACCCGGGCACGUUCGAGGAAUGCCACCGCAAGUGCAAGGAGCUGUUCCCGGUGCAGAUGGAGGGGGUGAAGCUCACGGUGAACAAAGGUCUCAGUAACCACUUCCAGGUAAAUCACACUGUCGCCCUCAGCACCAUUGGAGACUCCAACUACCACUUUGGGGUCACAUACGUAGGAACCAAACAGCUCAGUCCCACAGAGGCAUUCCCUGUGCUGGUGGGAGACAUGGACAACUGUGGAAGCCUCAAUGCCCAGGUGAUCCACCAGUUGGGGCCAGGUCUGCGAUCCAAGAUGGCUGUGCAGACCCAGCAGUCAAAGUUUGUGAACUGGCAGAUGGACGGAGAGUACCGGGGCUCCGACUUCACAGCAGCAGUGACCCUGGGGAACCCCGAUGUACUGGUGGGCUCAGGGAUCCUGGUGGCUCACUACCUUCAGAGUAUCACUCCGUGCCUGGCCUUGGGUGGGGAGCUGGUUUAUCACCGAAGGCCAGGAGAAGAAGGCACCGUCAUGUCUCUGGCAGGGAAGUACACAGCACCUAACUGGCUAGCAACUUUGACCGUGGGCCAGGCUGGGGCCCAUGCCACAUAUUACCACAAAGCCAGUGACCAGCUUCAAGUCGGGGUGGAGUUCGAGGCGAGCACUAGAAUGCAGGAUACCACUGUCUCUUUUGGCUACCAACUGGACCUCCCCAAGGCCAACCUCCUCUUCAAAGGCUCCUUGGACAGUAACUGGAUCGUGGGCGCGACCCUGGAGAAGAAGCUGCCCCCCUUGCCCCUGACGCUGGCCCUGGGCGCCUUCCUCAAUCAUCGAAAGAACAAGUUCCAGUGCGGUUUUGGCCUCACUAUUGGCUGAGCCCAUGACACCGCCUGUCCGGCCCAUCCUUCCCUCCCUGCGCUCCAAGGAUGGGGAGGAAGGGCAGCUGAGGCUCCCGGGGGCUGGGAGAGGGAGACCCCAGGAUGUGGGGAGACCUUGGGUUUUUUGACCAGGGAGACUUCAGGCUUUUGGAGAGGGACUUCAGCGUACUGGAAGACCAAUCCCCUGCCCCUCUCCCCAUUCCUGGAGGGGACCCUAGGACCUAAGAGACCUAGGAGGGAGAGACUAUGGGGGAGGGUCCUCAGGAUGGGGCCUCUCCCCCUUUUCCCCUUGUAUGUGGUGGAGCCUGGCUGCUGAGAGUGCAAUGUGGGGUGGGCAUCCCUGCCCUGCCUCACUGCUGGCCACUAGAGGGGGCCCCAUCAUCCUAGCCCCCAGUUCCGUCCAUUCCCUGUGGCCUCUCCCUCCCUUCUCCCCAUGAGCCCUUCUGCCGCCACCCCCUCGGUGUAAAUCAUGUUUAUAAGUUAUGGAAAAAAAAAAAAACAGAACAUUUUACAGAAAAAAAAAAACUCACAAAAAUACAUGACUAAAAAAGUGAGUACCAGGGAGGAGGUGCCUUCUGUGCUGGGGGUGGGGGGGCCUCCAUUCUCUCCUGCUGUCUGUCUGUCCCCUCCUUCAGGCUUCAGGCUAGAGUGGCCUCGCUCUUCCCCCUCCUCAUUUGUAUCCCAGGCUUUCUGUGUGCUCCGUCCGCUCUUGCCCUUGUCUUCCUAACGCAUGGCCCAGAUAAAUAAAGCUGCUGCAGCUGGAUGGAGCCUGAGGACCCGUGUUCGAAUCCCAGCCCUCCACUAUGAGCUCUAGGCCUCAGUUUCCUCCUCUCUCAGGCAGGGUGUUGUGCUCCAUGGCCUUGGAGAGCCCCUCCAGCUUGAAAUGCCUGCCUCUCUUCGCUCUGUACUGCCCUGAGCAUUCUGAUUUCUGAUCCCUCUCCUACCUCCAUCUCCCUGCCAGCUGGUGGGAGGAGAUCCUCACUUGGCUGGGAUCUCUUGCCCAGUGGUGACACGCCUGAUGGAGACAGGUGGACUUUGGCCUGACACUACAGUCCAGGCUACCGAGGCCACCUGGUCCUUGAGGGCCAGAGAGCGACGCUUUGGAUUUAGGUCCUGGAAAGCCGGAUUGUGGGCUCGGGUAUUUGGCAAGAGAAGAGCUGGAAGCCUGAACUAGAUGGGUGGCCCCUUGGGUCGGGAGAGCCAAGGACAGAGGAGCCAAGGGGGCCCUGAGGUCCCACCCAGAAAGUACCCCUCCUGCACGGGUGACACACGCAUUCCAGGAACUGAAAUCCCGGCUCAUGCCCACUCUCCAGAGGGCACCCUGGUUCAUGGCCCUUCACCCCUUUCCGUGCAGCGGGAAGUGGGAACAGACAGGCUUUCUGUUCCUCUGUCUGGGUCUGGUGGUGGGUAAGGAUGAGGCUCGGGAGUCUGCCGGACAUCCUGUGGGGUUUAGGGAGAAGGGACCCUC